UUCCACCAGGAGGAAGCGCGCAGCCCAGCUCCCCUAGUCUCUCUUCUUAAAUCCCCCUACCUACGACUGCCGAGGUUGGCCGCACGGCGGGAGUCUCCCCGUCAGUCCUGGCCCUCCCCCGCCCCCCGGGUUGGUUUUUCCCAGCUGCGGAGGUUGGGAGGUUGGGCCAGGGGCUGGGGUGCGAAGAGAGUCGGCGCCCGCAGCGCGCAGCCGGGAAGUCGUCGCUACUCUGGUGGAACUGAGUUGGUUCUGGAGGCGGCGGGCGCGGAGGUCCCUCAGAGGAGCCAGCGAGGGGCGCCAACAAGAGGCGAGGAGGUGCCACCGGGGCGGCGGCAGGAAGAGGAGCGGGAGCAGGAUCGCGGAGCCGAGCGUACCGACCCGCCCAAUGCCAGCAUUUCGGCCCCCAGUCCCCUUGUGGAACUGAUCCUGAACCACAUCGUGCCCCUUGAUGAUAAGCGGCAGAACCGGAGCUUCGAGGGCAUGGUGGCGGCGGCCCUGGUGGCGGGCCGUGCACUGCAGGGGCUCCACUGCCUGGAGCUGGCCAGCAACCACUUCCUUUACCUGCCGCGGGAUGUGCUGGCCCAACUGCCCAGCCUCAGGCACCUGGACUUAAGUAACAAUUCGCUGGUGAGCCUGACCUACGUGUCCUUCCGCAACCUGACACAUUUAGAAAGCCUCCACCUGGAGGACAAUGCCCUCAAGGUCCUUCACAAUGGCACCUUGGCUGAGUUGCAAGGUCUGCCCCACGUUAGGGUCUUCCUGGACAACAAUCCCUGGGUUUGCGACUGCCACAUGGCAGACAUGGUGACCUGGCUCAAGCAAACAGAGGUGGUGCAGGGCAAAGACCGGCUCACCUGUGCUUUUCCGGAAAAAAUGAGGAAUCGGGUCCUCUUGGAACUCAACAGUGCCGACCUGGACUGUGACCCGAUUCUUCCCCCAUCCCUGCAAACCUCCUAUGUCUUCCUGGGUAUUGUUUUAGCCCUGAUAGGCGCUAUUUUCCUCUUGGUUUUGUAUUUGAACCGCAAGGGGAUAAAAAAGUGGAUGCAUAACAUCAGAGAUGCCUGCAGGGAUCACAUGGAAGGGUAUCAUUACAGAUAUGAAAUCAAUGCGGACCCCAGGUUAACAAACCUCAGUUCUAACUCGGAUGUCUGAGAAACAUUAGAGGACAGACCAAGGACAACUCUGCAUGAGGUGUAGACUUAAGCUUUAUCCCUACUAGGCUUGCUCCACCUUUAUCCUCCGCUAUAGACACCACUGACUUUGACUAAAAGCAGUGAAGGGGUUUUGCUUCCUUGUUAUGUAAAGUUUCUCGGUGUGUUCUGUUAAUGUAAGACGAUGAACAACUGUGUAUAGUGUUUUACCCUCUUCUUUUUCUUGGAACUCCUCAACACAUGUGGAGGGAUUUUUCAGGUUUCAGCAUGAACAUGGACUUCUUGCUGUCUGUCUCUCUCUCAGUACAGUUCAAGGUGUAGCAAGUGUACCCACACAGAUAACAUUCAACAAAAGCUGCCUCAACUUUUUCGAGAAAAAUACUUUAUUCAUAAAUAUCAGUUUUAUUCUCAUGUACCUAAGUUGUGGAGAAAAUAAUUGCAUCCCAUAAACUGCCUGCAGACGUUAGCAAGCUCUUCAAAAUAACUCCAUAGUACACAGGAGCACCUGCAUCCAAGAGCAUGCUUACAUUUUACUGUUCUGCAUAUUACAAAAAAUAACUUGCAACUUCAUAACUUCUUUGACAAAGUAAAUUACUUUUUUGAUUGCAGUUUCUAUGAAAAUGUACUGUUUUUUUUUUUUUAAAUAAACUGCAUCGAGAUCCAACAGACUGAAUUGUUAAAAAAAUAAAAUAAAAGAUUCUUAAAAGAA